UCGAUAACUGAUAGACAACCGAUCGCAGCGCAGCGGUAUAUUUUUUUGCGUUCUGCUUGGAAAACAUCCUCAAAUUAAAGCCUAAAUGCAUGUGAAUUUGGCCAUAGUGAAGCAGGAAGUGGACAUUGACGAUACUAAGAUCAAGCUGGAGCCGGAUGAUCAGUUGUCGGAUAACAGUACCGUUCCAAUCUCUUGGGCGGGCGAAGCUUGGGAAAUGAUCGACACGGAAGACUCACAAACGCUAACAUCGAUGAUUAGCGAGUCUUCGCGGGAGGAUCGCAUGUCCGUUGAAAGAAUGGGCAGUAGUGGCAGCCAGCAACAGGUUUCAAAGCCAUUCGAAUGCAGAAUCUGUAACUUUGUUUUCAACAAGCACCUGGAUAUUUCGGAGCAUGUGGACCAUCAAAUGAACCGACACUUCUGUAAGUUCGGAUGUGGUGCGUGGUUUGACUCUCUGGAGACCCUGGAACACGAGUAUCGGCAGCACUCUCAGCCCGGGCUUGCACUCUAUUGUAGGAUCUGCGAUUUCAUGACCAAAGAUGCGGACAACUUGGCCAGACAUAUGCAUAAUCAUGUUUAUGUCUAUCGUUUCGUCUGUGCCAUUUGCCGACAUCAUUUCGAUUCCAUUGAUAAAAUCAAGCGGCACCGAAACAAUAGCAGAAGCCUCUGCAGUCAGGUGAGAUACAUUAAUGAAGCCUCUACCAAAGCCGAGUUGGUGGCAGUCAGUGCCGCGCCCGUUUCUGGCCAGUCAUUUUGCGAUGUGAAUAUUAAGGAGGAACCACUGGAAUUGGAAGAAGAAAUGGCGCAGAUGCCAGUGGAGGUCAUCAAAGCCGAAACCCACGAUGUAGAUGAAGAACUUCAUGAAGGUAAUAUUAAGGAGGAUCCGGAUCACGUGGAGGAAGCUAUCAGCAGUGCAUUCUGGUCAAGCAUACCUAAUCCACUUCGGAGCAAACUGCGCCUUCCCGCUAUGAAAUCAAACAACGAGCAUAUUAAACCAAAAUCUGUUGCGAAUGAAAUUCUUCUGUCUGAAGGAAACCAGUCGACAUUUUACCACUUCCUUCCGAAAAUAUCAAAUUUGCCAAAGAAACCAGCACAAACUGCAGCGAAUAUUUUAAAAGCAUUGCCGAGCAAUUGCAUGGUCAUCAAGCUGCCAGCCAACACCAAAAUCAUUAAAAUGGUUGGUCAAACAACUCCAGCAGCCCAAAAUAAAUCAAGCGUAAAACUUCAGAGCGUCCAGGAAAAGUCGACACCAAGUACUAUUGUAAUUCCGCAGGCGAUAACAAUAAGUCAAAUCAAGUCGGAGGAUGCAAAACCGAAGCUACCUGUUGUAACUUCGCUGCCUCCUCAGACCCACAAUAGGAACAUAACAUUACUUCAAGAUGCGUUCAACAAAGCUGAAAGCCACCCAGAAUCCAUGAAAAUUAUUUCUGAAUUUCGCAAUCAAAUACGUUCCAGAAAAACAUUGCCGCUGCCAGGAACAGUUCUGCAAUCUGCAAAUACUAAAAGCAAUUAUCCCCCCGUCUCCCCUAAAAUGGCUGCAUAUGAAAAUGCUCCUAGGCCCCUCCAGCUACUGCUCAAUCCAUUGUCAGUUUCGGUGGUGAAGGAAUUGCGUAUAACAUAUCCGCUGUAUGGCUUCCUGUGGAAGUGUCCUUUUUGCCAUCGAGCAUACGACCAGAAUUACGCCAUUCGCAUGCAUUUGAUAAGCAAUCAUAACAUGAGCCAAGAAGAACUAAAUAAUCUAAAAGUGAUUUUAAUGCCAUAUAAAUUACUUUCAUCGGACCCACCACCUCUGGAAUCAAAUCAACAAGUGCCAAAUUCAUAUUCAGAUGGCAAGGUUGAAAAUGUAGCUUCUCUGCGGCUGGAUGCGACGGUUUCAAAACCAACAACUCCACCAAUUGUUGAUGCUACUGAUUUGUUACCACCAACGAAUGAACAACCUAAUAAACAAACAAAACCGGGAAAGCCGGGCAAAAAGGAUAAAGCAAAAUGUACGGAAUUCCAGUGCACAGAGUGCUCCAAAACGUUUACCACACUUGGAGCACUCCGCAUCCACAAGACUAUACAUACAGGAGAAUUGCCGUACAAGUGCGACUACUGCGAGAAACGUUUUCGGACCCCGGGACAAGUACGAGUACACCAUCGUCGUCACACUGGCGAAAAGCCCUUCAAAUGCAAAGUCUGUUCCUUGGAUUUCACUCACAGAGAAACUCUUAUAUCUCACUUAUCCCGGCAUAUUGGAAUGAAGCGUUACAAAUGCUACGGUUGCGACAAAUACUUUGUAGUCGUCAGCGGCUUACGAGCUCAUCGGCGACUCCGGCCGGAUACAUGCGGCAAGGUUAAGUUCACGGCGAGAGCCCACGGCCCCCGGGUAAGAGUUGUCCGGGGAGAAGUGAUAUUUGAGCCACACCCGGAACACAAUGGCUAUCUGCGUAGUGAGGAUCCCGUGAACAUAUUGACGGAACUGGCUCAAACCUCAGACCUAACCAGACCGAAACCUGCUGAAGGUCUAAACUGAUUGUUAAGUUUAUGUUAUUUCGCUUAAGUUUUCUUUAUGCAGUUUAUACAUUACACUUGAUGUAAUAUUCCA